UCAGUCGCACGCCCGUAUGUCUAGUGCCACAAUCCCACUUCGUUACUGAUAUCCAGUAAACAAUAUUAUCCACGAUAAACCGGUGAUUACUUACUACUAAAAAUUUAACGGAAAACAUUUCGCUCUGAACGGUGUCGAUGGCUAUUUAGAAUGGCGACCUGAGAAAUCUCGUGACUCCCGUGGGAGUCUGAAGACCCAAGGAGGUGGAUUUAUCGAGAUGGGGCUUUACGCGGCGGGAGUUGCCGGGAUAGGUGUAUUCUACACUGCUGUCCUGAGUAUUAGUGUCUGGGCGGCAGCCUCGAAGCGUAAAAAAGUCCACGGAAAAUCCCUGGACGACUUGAUCCUCGCCAACCGCGGUCUCGGCUUGCUACUGGGAACCUUCACACUCGUUGCGACAUGGGUCGGGGGUGUGUUCGUUCACGGCACGGCGGAAUCAAUGUUCACCAGGGGUUUGGUGUGGUGCCAGGUUCCAAUUGGCUACAGUCUCAGUCUCCUCCUGGGUGGUCUGAUCUUCGUGAAACCCAUGAGAAAAGCCGAAUACGUGACUAUGCUGGAUCCAUUUCAACAGAGAUACGGUGCCAAGCUCGGGGCUUUACUCUUUCUCCCAGCACUCAUCGGUGAUAUUUUAUGGUCGGCCGCUGUGCUCAAGGCACUCGCCAAUACCCUCAGCGUUGUCGCAGGGAUUGAGGCGAAAUUCAGUGUCGGAACUUCCGCUUUGAUGCUACUUGUAUACACAAUUUUUGGUGGUCUAUACACCCCGGCGUCGGCAGAUGCUCUCCAGUUGGCCUGUAUAACGCUUGGUUUGGCAAUUAGCACUCCGUACGCAAUGUUGAACCCAGUGGUAUCGUUGGAGAGAAACUUGGGGCGAAAAGAUUGGCUGGGUGAAGUGCAAACUAGAGAUCUCGCCGAGUGGAUAGACGGAAUGUUUCUUCUAAUGUUCGGUGGCAUACCCUGGCAGAGUUUUUUUCAACGCAUUGCCAACAUAAAAACCAUCUCCCUGGCGAAAACCGCCUCAGUGAGUUCCAUGAUUUGCUGUCUGGUAGUCGCCCUCCCCUCAGCAAUGAUUGGACUAGUAGCGAGGGGCACAGACUGGUCGCUCAUUGAUGGAUUCAAUCGGACAAUAUCAUUUCCCAGUCUCGACGGUGGCUCAAUUUUCCCAAUUGUCUUGAAGCACCUGACACCCCAGUGGGUUGCAUUUGUCGGCUUGGGAACAAUUUCAGUGACUGUUCUCGCCUCAGCGAACUCCAGCGUACUCUCCAGCAGCAGUAUGUUCACCAGGAAUAUUUACAGAAUGGCAAUUAGACCGAAGGCGUCUGAGAGGGAGAUUGGAUGGAUCCUGCGAAUUACUUUGCUCAUGAUGACGGGGGCUGCUGCGGGGGUGGCUCUGACAGCGAGAAGCGUUUAUCAUCUUUCAUUUUUAUCGUCAGAUCUGGUUUACGUCGUCCUGUUCCCCCAACUACUGGCGGUCCUCCACUGGCCCUCGUACAUUGACGCCUACGGGUGCCUCGCUGGCUACCUAAUCUCCCUGUGUCUGCGAAUCGGCGGGGGUGAGACUGCCCUGGGUCUUCCACCCCUCAUCAGGUACCCCUAUUUCGACCCCAGAACCCAGAGCCAAAAGUUCCCGUUCAGAACUACUGCCAUGUUGUCCGCAAUCGUGGGCUCGUUACUAGUGAGCUCGAUUACGCGAGGCCUCUUCGGAGCCGGAAGAGACACUUGCCCCAGAUGCUGCGACUUCCUGGGGAUCUACACUACUAGCAAAUCGAAGGAGCAGGGCGUCGCUCAGAGCAGCUCUGGAGCUGCUCUUCUACUCAUAGAUUCAGCAAUGCACGAGAGCUCAGCGGGACGAGACUCGACAGACAGUCAAGACGACACAGAUCGCCCCAGUUACGAGGAUUCUCACUCUGAAGAAACCAAUACCCACUACGGCAGCUUCGCCGAACGGCCGGAUUUUACAUUGAGACGUGGCAUGAGUGUCCACAAUACCCCAAUAUCGAGAAUAAACCGCCCCUUCCCAAAGAAUGUCACUCAGACACCGGGUCGUAAUCGGGUGCAGCAUUCCCAGCAUUCACAGCUCAAUAACGUCGACGGUCAGAUACUCGGUGUAAGAAAUUUAACAGCUACACCACUGGGUCAAGUGCUGAUGUCGAACGAGGCUCAAACCAAUGCCAUCAGACUCACCAAUACUAAUGCAGUGUGUGCAACACCAUCGCAAACUUGUAAUCAUACUUACGGAAAAUUGACGAACAUCGAGAAGGCCAGGGAAAUUGAACGAAUUGCUGACAGAAGUUCCCUGGAACUCAAUCUCAAUCUCAAUCUUAAUGUGCAGGAGACACCUGGGGGAAUUGUCAAGAAAAACGUUGUGGGUGUUAAACUCGUCGGAAUGGAUGGACCAACUCCCUUGAGAAGACCAUCUCAUGGAACAUUUUCACCGACUCCCUCAGUCGAGCUAGUCCACAUUCUCGAUCGUCGCCAAAGUGGUGGCUCCUACGGUCCAACAUCGUUAUCCCCAGUUCCCGGACUGGAAGCCUGCAAGAUCCACGGAACAGCUGUCGGUGGUUCUGGGAAUGAGCACUGCAGGAUAAAACGAGGGAUCGUAAGACACCACAGCUUCAACGAGACUGGGGACAGAGCCCUGACGACGUUAGCGAGACAGCCCGCGUAUCCCUCGAUGCCUCUAAGAACCGACGACUGCAGGAUGACCCUGAAGAAGGAAAAGAAAUCCAACGGAACGAUAGCCCGACACUCUUCAGUCGCCGACGACAAAGGAUUCUGUGGACGGGGAUUAGUUCUCAGUCCUACGUACAGCAUGUACGGAUCCGCUGUCACCAGUGGAAAUUACUUUGUUAGUGAUGAUGAGGCUAUUAGCAGAUUUUAAUCACAUCGAAGUCAUAAUAUUCAUGCUCAUCAGCCCCUCAAGGCCACCCCGUUAGAAAAUUACUCUUGAAUUGACGAAGAUUCAGGCACUUAUUAUUCUCGAUUAUCAAUUAUCCAUUAAAAAUGCAAUUCAAUCCAUGAAAAUGAAAUUGCCCAAUUUUUAUGAGUUCAAAAAUUGAGGCUUUCAUUGAAAUUGUUUUACGUAAAUAGCUCAAUUUAAUUAUUCAACUUACGUAAAUUGAAAUAAAUUUUUAGGAGUGUAGGAAGGAAUAAAAUUCCAAGGCCGGGAUAGGAAGUUCCCAUUUUCAUGUGCAAUCUCACAAUCUCGCCCCGUGUGUCACUGUUAAAGUGUUUCUUUCGGAAAAUAUAAAUGAAUUAUAUAAUAAAAAUAUAAAUGAAUAUUCAUGAAUUUUUACAGAUGACACCCCUGAAAACGUGAAGGCUAAGCUUCAGAUUAUGUACAGACGAAUUAAAACUAAACUCUCCAAAGAAUAGUUAAAAUAAAUAUUAAUACCUAGAAGGAAUGCAAAAUGUAAUUGUAAAGAUAAUCAAAUGACGGUUGAAGAGUGGUUUUUCUAGACGGAGAGAGAAAUUAUGGAACACGCGUUGUGUCGAACGAGAACGUCCAAUGAAAGAAAAUGAGUGAAAAUGAUAAUCAAUUGAUAUAUGAUAUUUUUGCACUGAGGCAGUAACUGUACAAAAUUAAAUAGUGUUUAUUUACUUUCGAUGGCAUUUACAAUACACCUAGUCGAAAAAAAGGGUGGUUAUCCAGUAGAAACAUCGUAAUUUGUAUUUAUAGUUGUAAUCCUCAAGCUCAAUGUAUGAUAAUUGCCGGUAGAGAGGAAGACCAAUGUUAAUCAACACUAAAAUUUCAACUAUGUCAGCCCAUAAUUGUACAUUGCACGUCGUGCUCACUCCAUUAACAAUCGAAACAUUGGAAUUGUCACUCGGUAUUUCCACCCAUUUCACAUAACUCAUUCUACUUAUGAAUGACCAACAAAUCCAAAAGAUUGACAAAACCCAAAAGACUUGAAAAAAUGCGUUCAAUAACAUUGUGCAAUACUCUACCUCCUCUCCUAUUAUGUACUUUCGUAUUCAGAGGUGAAUGAGAAAGACAUCUGCGACCUGUGCCAGUAUUACCAUAGUCUUAAGACUGAGACGAAUAAAAAUGAUCUCAAUGAUAAUUUAAAUUAAAUUAGAUUUAAAUUAACUGAAAUUGAAUUUAAAAUUAGGGUAUUGUAGAGAAUGUAAUGAUAAUGAUUGUUACAUGACAAAGUUGGGCAUCAACAUCUAAUGGAAAUACAGUAUCAAAUAUUUAAUCACGAUGGAAUAUUGUUUGAAAUAGUCACGUGAAUUUGAUUAUUUGAGGUGAAUAAAUAAUGUUGGGACAGCUCUCUUAAUUGCCGGUACAUUCU